AGAAGAAGAAGCAGAAAUCCGGCAACUCUAAAGCGGAAGUAAGUACGUGGCCGGACCAGCUGACGUUUCUACACGAUGGCGACUGAGGUUCAGAGCGGCGACCUCAACGGUGGAAAUGCGAGCCGUCUCGAAGUUUCCAUCGACGGCUUGACACUGAGCCCAGAUUCUGAGGGAGAAGCGGAUCACACGGACGCUGUCGGGCCGCACACAGACACCCACAGCGACCCGGAGCCGAGUCCCGAUGCACCGGGCGACGGGGAGCAAAAUACCGAGAGCUCCGUGGAGAUGAUCUGGGGCUUUCCUUUAAUGGAGCUCUACGGCCUGGCGCUCAAAUUCUUUAAAGAAAAAGAUGGAAAGGCCUUCCACCCAACAUAUGAGGAGAAGUUGCGUCUGGUGGCUCUUCAUAAGCAGGUGUCUCAGGGACCAUACAAUCCAGAUGCCUCCCCUGAAGUGGGUUUCUUCGACGUGCUGGGAAAUGACCGCAGAAAAGAGUGGGCGUCAUUGGGGAACCUCGGGAAGGAAGAGGCCAUGGUGGAAUUUGUCAAGCUGUUAAAUAAAUGCUGUACUUUAUUUGCACCGUUUGUCGCAUCUCACAAGAUCGAAAAAGAGGAGCAAGAGAAGAAGAGGAUUGAGGAAGAGGAGCAGCUGCGCCGAGAGAGAGAGGAGCUGGAGCGUCAGUUGCAGGAGGAGGAGCGACGCCGGAGGGAGGAGGAGGAGAGACUGAGGAGGGAAGAGGAACAGAGGAGGCAGGUUGAGGAGGAGAGACUUCGUGUGGAGCAGCAGAAGCAGCAGAUCAUGGCUGCGUUAAAUGCACAGACAGCCGUGCAGUUUCAGCAGUAUGCGGCGCAGCAGUACCCAGACAGUCCCGAACAACAGCUCAUUCUCAUCCGGCAGCUGCAGGAACAGCACUACCAGCAGUACAUGCAGCAACUCUACCAGGUGCAGCUGGCCCAGCAGCAGGCAGCCCUGCAAAAACACCAGGAAGACUCUAUAGUUUUCUCCAAGUUGGAGGCGAGCGAGACAUCGGCCUCCCCAGUCGGCGACGAGACUCCCACGGUGAACGGCCAGGCAGAGUCCUCCAUUGACAGCAUAGAUCGAGAGCCAGAGCUGGAGCCUGCAGAGGAGGUCACUGAGAAUGGCCCAACAGACUCUCCUCCGGUGAUAGCAGCCCCCUCUAUGUGGACACGGCCGCAGAUCAAAGACUUUAAGGAGAAGAUUCGCCAGGAUGUGGACUCCGUGAUCACGGUGGGACGAGGGGAAGUGGUCACCGUUAGGGUCCCCACUCACGAGGAGGGCUCUUAUCUCUUCUGGGAAUUUGCCACAGACCAUUAUGAUAUCGGGUUUGGUGUCUUCUUCGAAUGGACUGACACCACCAACGCCUCAGUCAGCGUGCACGUCAGUGAGUCCAGUGACGAAGACGAGGAUGAGGACGAGCCUCAGAGCGAGGAGGAAAAGGCAAAGAAGGAGGCGGGGAAACCUCAAGUGGAUGAGAUCGUGCCGGUUUACCGGCGGGACUGCCAUGAGGAGGUAUACGCGGGGAGUCACCAGUACCCUGGUCGUGGCAUCUACCUACUCAAAUUUGACAACUCGUACUCCCUCUGGAGGUCAAAGAGUGUCUAUUACAGAGUCUACUACACUAGAUAAGCCUGGGAUCAAGACUAUGGAGCAAAAGUGUGUGUGUUGUGUGUGUGUCUCUGUGUGUGUGUGCACACGCAUGCGUGAAUGUGCAUAUGUGUAUGGGGUGCAUCUCGUUCCAUUUGAGUUUAGGACGAUUGGCCUCUGAUGUAUUCGAGGCACCUCUGUUUUUGUUUUGCACUCUGAAAGGCGUGCUCUAGGAUUCUGUGCUUCUGUUCACGGUGUGAUUCCAUGUUCUAAUGUCAUCUAAAGAGGUGCUUUGGCCACUAAGAGAGCUGUAUGUGUUCAUUCAAAUGGCCCAACUACUCGAUAUGUUCAGAUAAAGAGUCUAGGGAGUAUGGUUAUAAAUUAGAGGAGUUUUUCGUGGGAAUUAAUGAAUUAAUGCUGCUUUUCUGCCUUUUUUUUUUUUUUUUUUGCUUGGACCAAUGCAUUUAUUUCCUUACUUUAUUUCUUAGAAAGUCCACAUGAUUUCUAGCACCACUCUAUAGCAGGACACUUCCUGGGAGCUGUUUAUUAAAGUGGCCUCAUGGCUGUUUGAAUAUUCAUUUCUGUAUAGUAUUUUUCAAAAGCAAGCCCUCCAUCUUAUUAGUGAAAAUGUCUCUCAUUCAAUUCUUUUUAUGUAUCUGUGCAUAUUCCAAAGUUUUCAUAUGCUACAUUACUGAAAAUGUAAAUAAUAACUUGCACUGAUGAUGAUGAUGAUUAGUAGUAGUUACUGAACACCUGCAAUAAGAAGUCAGGCCUUUAUUUAGAGCAAGUUCAAAUUCAGGACAAAAAUCUAGUUAAUAUUAAUAUUCGAUAAUUAGUUAUUAGUCCGAUCCCUUGUGUAACAAAUUCUCUCACAGUAUAAUAUCUAAGAGGAAAUCAUCCCGGUGAGUGUUUACAACGGUAAACGUACAUGCUCGAUAUAUUAACAGCAUAAUAUACGAGCAGGCAUGUCGAAGUAAACGUAACGUCACCUCACCUUUAUACCAGUUACACUUUUUUCUAAGUUUUUCCAAUUAACUUAAUCAUUCCGAUCUGAUUCUCAAUUGAAGACGUAGUUCACAUGCCGAUUUGAUUUUGAUUUGAUUUUACAGAUCUUCCGCGUCAGUAUAGCCUCGUGUACGUUCUAAUGAUAUUUUAGUAAGGUUUAAGCAGCUCCUUUUUAGUGGAAAUAAAUGUUCUCUGGCUUUCUAAAACACUGGUCCAGGUGGUUGUAGAAAAGCAGCAACUUCCUCUUUUAGGUGAGCACUGGAACAUCUGCCAGCUGUCUACACAUCUGUAAUAGUAAUAACACAUCACAUAUCAGCGUAUAGUACAGGUUUGAUCCAGGAAACAAUAAACCAGUGAUACAUGACUUUUCUACUGAGAAGGUUGGGGAGUAAUGAAUGUGAGGAUUAAACAGAUAUAUAACUUGCAAAGAAAAAGAAUUGUUUUUGCUUAAAGUGGUUGGAUUGUGUGUAAAGCGUGUCAUAAAUAUUUAUUAAUCUGCCUUGUAGAUUAGGGUCCUUGAUGUCUGUCAUAUUACAUAGAACUUCUCCCAACUCUUCUACUUCUGAUUGAGCUUCUCAUCUCUUUAACUGGUCACUUUCAUAAUUUGUAGGGGGUUUUUUUGUUUUGUUUUUUUCCAGAAUUUUGGGUUCUGUAAGUAACACUUGUGGCAUGUGUUCACUGUGUUGUUUUUUUCCUUUGGUUUGUCAUUGUUACAAUUUUAAACACAUAGUUAUAUAAAGCCACAACAUCUAAAACAAAGUAAAUUCCUGGUCUGAUACGUUAUAAGGACACUUUUAUCUUUAUUACCAACUAACCGUCGUGUGUUUUUUGUCUUAUUACUGUGGCUGCCAGACUAAUUACCAGAAGCAACGGCUGAAUCUGUGAGCGCUUUGACUGUUUCUGCUUUUUAUUAGUUGCUGGCAGUUUUGAAAAGCAUUUCCAGAGAGCAUUGCUGUAAACUCAUCCAUUUAUGUGCUCAAUUCUGAGCUGUCACUUAAAACAGCUGUCCUUUAACAUGGUAAAAUGCUGUAACACACGACAACAUCCGUCAUCAGUUUAAUUGAAAUAUGAAAUAUUUUUUUCCUCCUGAAUGAUUUAUCCCACAUGUUUGUGAUUAUAUUUAUAUAAUGAAUGAAUGAGGGCAAAAAAAAAAUAAAGAGCCUGUGCACAGUGCUGUCCAGAGUGAUGAGAGAUUGAUACCCGGCAGCAGCCCAACAUCAUUACAGUUAACAGUAAAAUGUGUACAGAUGUUUUUUUGGUUUUUUUUUGUUCCUAAUUUUAUUUCCCUGUGUUUUUAUUUUCCAUCUGCUAAGUCAGGCCUUUGUAAAGUGGAAUGUAACUGAGGGCCUGAUCUUGGACUAAGGACUUUUGUGAAGAAAGAUGGAAAUGUGGUGAAUAUCAUAUUGUACAUUUUCUCGCAUUUGCAAAGUGAAAAUCAAUGUAAAUUUCAUACCACGAAUACAUGAAGUAACUGGAGAGGGUUUUUCUUUUUUUCUUUUGCAUUGAUUGGUCACGGAUAAGUUCAGGGAUGACUUUCCUUGAGAAUCAUAUUUAAUCUUGAUUAAACCCAAGUUCAUCUGUA